AUGAAGAGAGCAAAAGUGAGCGCUGUGUAUGAAGGAAGGAUCGGAAAGAGAAGCAAGGAAGAGAAUGAGAAUGACUCAAGGAUUGCAAGGAUGCAUGCAAAAGCUAGAAAGAACGGGCUGAGAGCCAAGAAAACUCAGACCUUUGUGGUCACUGAAAGGCGAAGAAAGGCUAGAUCAAGCACCAAGAGCAAGGUUUCACCAAACACAGAAGCGUGCAUGGUGAAAGAUCAGGAGAAGAAACUUGAAAAUGUUGAAGUCAUCGAAAUCAUCGACGAUGAUCCUAUACUUGACAUUGGAACCCUCUUCGAGCCUGAACUUGUUAACCAAGUGCUGGCAGAACCUCUGAGAGCUGAGGUGAUAUUCCUGGAGAAACAUGAAGAAGGGCCUGAAUGGUGGGAAGAGUACUGGCCAGUGAGCUACCGAACCAACGAGGAGAAAGCAAUGGAGAUGAAGAUGAAUGGUUUUGUAGGUGGAAUGACUGAAGAGGAACUCUGGUGGGAUGACAUAUGGAACUUUAGAGACAUGAAUGAUCAUUUCCCAAAGGCUCAUGGAGCUGGAGAACGUAUCUAG